GGAUCGGGGACCGUUAACUGACCUGCUGCGGAAGGGCACUUUGUUUGAGUGGGGGGAGAGACAGCAGACUGCUUUCGAUGAACUGCGAAAAUUUCUGACGUCGCCCCCGGUCCUCCGAAUCGCUGACCCAUCUCGACCGUUCGAAGUCUUGACGGACGCUAGCGAUUUCGCCAUCGGAGCGAUACUGUUACAAGAUUUCGGCGACGGACUCCAACCCAUCGCGUAUGAGUCCCGGAAGUUGCAGGCAGCCGAGCGCAACUACCUCGUCCACGACAAAGAAAUGCUCGCCAUCGUGCACGCAUUCAAAGUGUGGCGAUGCUACCUGACGGGAGCCGACGUGACAGUACGGACAGACCAUAAAUCCCUACAGUACCUCCGCGCGCAGCCGAACCUCAACCCACGACAGAUUCGCUGGCUGGACUUCCUCGAAAGCAACUUCCACUACACCAUCACAUACAAACGUGGGGCGAAUAACAUCGCCGACGCACUGACACGACCGUCCGCCCAUCUCGCCUCCGUCAUCAUCACAAAAUCAAACCCACUGCUCACCGGACUAUUUACCCAUGGCUACAACACCGACCCCUUUUUCACCCGCAACCUCCACCACCAAGCCACCAUAGCCGAGGGACCCUACUUCCUCAAAGCCGCUAGGUCUAGAUUCCAGUACUCCGUAGAUAACAUUCUUCCUGUCGAUCAGCUCCGCAAAACACAAGCAACGGCCAUAACCGAUCGCUAUCACCUGAGAGUCGCACGUCUUCAACACCCCCCCCCCCCUCACCGAGUUGCGCGCUCCUCGUCGACGGAACUCCAGGCAAAAAAAACUGGCCAAUCAUCUCCCUCCCACUUUUUUUCUUUCCCUGCCCUAACUCUUUCUUUUCCCGCCACUCUUUCUCUCGUCCAUUCCCAUUCCGAACGACGGCACGCGUCCACGCGCCGUACUCAACGCGUCCACAAGAUGAACAACCUAAUGACGCAGUCGUGGGUCAUCGACAAAAACACCGGAUUCACGCGCCUCGCCACGGCGGCGGACAUCGAGCAGGGCCGAAUGGCGGGCCUCGGCGGGCCAGCGGGAGCGGCGCCGCCGGCGGCGGACGAGGAGGAGGAAGAGGAGAAAGGCCCCGGAAUGGACCUGACGGAAUUCGACGCGAAAGUCGCAGAAGUUCGCAAGGACAUGGAGAGCAUCGCGACGGCGAUUAGUUCGCUAGCGAGCUUGCACCAGGAGGCGAAAGCCGCGGUGCGGUCGGCGUCCGUUGUCGCGUUGCACAAGCGGAUGGACGACGACGUGGGCACGAUCUCGCGGCUCGCCAAGGCGAUUCGGCAGAGGAUCGAAGGGAUACAGGAGGAGAACGAGGCGAACAGGAAGUACCCCAGAUGCGGCGCAGGCUCGGCGACGGACCGGCACCGAACCUCCGUGACGAUGACGCUCGGCAAGAAGCUCAAGGAUCUGAUGGGCGAGUUCAUGGAUCUGAGGAAUCGCAUGGCGGAGGAUCACAGAUCGACGGUGGAGCGGCGAGUGUACAUCGUGACAGGGGAGAAGCUGCCCGACGAGGACGUGGACCGGAUCAUCGAGACCGGGCAGAGCGAAAACUUUAUCCAGGCGGCGAUUUCGGCGCAGGGGCAGAGCGCGGCGAUGGAAGACGUGGUCGCGGAGAUUCAAGAGCGGCACAAUGCGGUGAUGGACAUCACGCAGCAGCUGCAGGAGCUGCACCAGAUGUUCCUCGACAUGGCGACGAUGGUCGAGGCGCAGGGCGAGAUGCUGGACAGUAUCGAGUCGCACGUCGGCGAGGCGGUGGAGCAAACGUCGACGGCGAAGCAGCAGCUGCAGACGGCGGUGGUCAUCCAGCAGAACACGCGCAAGUGGUAUAUCAUCGGCGGCGUCGCGUUCCUGGUGAUUCUGCUCAUUAUAAUCAUCCCUUAGUCUCGUCCGCGAUGAAGUGAGGGGAUCCGGUUGGGCAGCCGCCGAGCCGCGCGCAAGUCGCUGGUUCUUCGUAGGCAUCCUAGGCAUUCUAUAGUGACGGCAGUGGGGUCCUUGUGGAAGCGGUGUCGGUUAGACAUGUUGCGGUGGACGGCUGUGAUGACUCGGACGUGGGGCGACUAAUCUCGUCCGUUGGAUGGAGUGGAAGUGCUCGAUCGAUAGCUGGGUGGGGAGCUCCCAUGUAGGCCGGUCCAGCUGUAGAACCGAUCGACCGAUGAACCGGCCGGCCGACAGGCACUUUUGCGGCGUGGAUAAGGUGGGUCGCUGGUUGGAAUUGGGGGGCAAGAUGGGGAAAGGGGGAAAAAGAGAACGGGCGCUCUGGGAGGCAAGAGGGGGAGAAAUGAGCUGGUUCAGUUUCAAGAGAGCUUGAGACGGAAAACAAAACAGAAAAAAAAAAAAAAAAAAAAAAAAAAAAAACAAGGAAACCAAAGCUGCUGCUGAUUGGUGGGGAUUCAAGAAUUAUUGUAUUUCAUGCGGAGGUGAAGGAGUGGGGGCGGGGGAGGCGGAAGCAGAUAGGGUGGCGGGGAACGGCUCGGGGAGAAGGUUGGAGGGGGGGGAGGGUUUGGGGCGUGGAGGCAGCGGGGCGAUGGAGAGUUGCGGAGGUAAAUCUGGGGGAAGGUGUUGCGCCGUGGAGGGCAAAUCCGCCUGGUAGAUCCGGCGCUGAAGAAAAUGGGUGCCACCUUUUCCUGCAUCCCCCUCCGCACUUUCACUCCCAGAACCUCUCGUUCCCCAAUUUUAACUUCCAGUCUUCUGUUACCAUAUUUUUAUUUUUAUUCUGCAUUCAUACAGUAUACUGUGCUGUUCAUUAAUAUGGGAAUGGAACCAGCAGAGGCACUGCAUCACAACAGAGUGGCUAAAGGGGUCAUUUGGGGUGUGAUUAUGGCAUGAGAGCGAGGCUGGGAAAUUGCAAGGCAAGCAUGGAAUGGGUGUGAUGGCUGGGGCAUGUGAAAUCCUCAUCCACCUGGGCAUGGAAGACGGCGGUUGGGGCCGAUGGCAUUUGAGGAGGAGCUGCCAGAAAUAUAGGCAGUUCGGACAGACCUGACUGCAAUUUAUGGCAUGCAGAAAUGAGGGAGGGAUGGGUGGAUCUGGACAUGGCCUUCGUCAUGAGGUCUGCCCACCUGGUCAGUGUUUUGAGAACUGGGUUUGUUUGGGCGCGGUUGCUUCGUAUGGCAUGGCAUUUGGUGUAUGGGGAAUCCCGGGGUGUAUGGGCAGCAUGGGUUGUUUGGGCAAUUUUAUGGGAUUGUUAGGGCAUCGUCAUGGGUUUUUGGGCAAUGCCAUGUGUUUGCUUGGGAAUUUGUUCUCAUGGGUUGCUUGGGCAAUGUUCUGGGGUUAUCCUCGUGGAUUUGUGGGCAAUGCCAUGUGAUUGCUUGGGAAAUCGCAUGGGUUGCUUGGGCAAUGUUAUGGGGUUAUGAUCUGCGUCAUGGGUUUGUAUGGGCAUUGCCAUGGACAAAAUUGUUUGGGCGGUGCCAUGUGAUUUUAUGGGCAGUGGCAUGGGAUGGGAUUGUUUGUGUCAUGGGAAUGCAUGGGCAACUACGCUGUACCUCAUUUGCAAUGCCAUUGGGUUCACUGGGCAAGUUCAUGUAUGCCUGGGCAUUGGGCAAGUAUCACGGGAUAUGCCAUGACGGUGGUGUGUGAUGGAAUGGGCUUCAUGCAACACUGUGGACUUGCAUUGGGUGGGUAGUCAUUGAUCAUGGCCUCUGCAUGGACGAUUUUUAAGUUGGCUUGUGGAAGUCGUGGGAUGCAAAGUUUGAUACGGUACGGUAAAGUUUGAUAUGGUUGUGUGGAGCUGCGA